CAUGGCAUUCUCCUACUGGGUGCUUUUGGACGAGAAGAUGGGCGAGCGGGUGUACGGGGCCGCUGUGCUGCUGGGGGCGGGGUCAGCCACCGUCCUGGUCAUAUCGCUCGCCAUGACGGCCGAGCUCAUCGCCAAUCAGACACAAAGCGGAGCGUUUGUGUACGGAGCCAUGAGCUUCACUGAUAAGCUGGCUAACGGAGCAGCCGUGAUGAUCAUUCAGGCUCUGCACCCCUGCCAGUUAGUACACACUCACACACACGCACAUCUUAUAUGAACCUUUAUUCUAGGACCUCCUCUUAAGUUCAAUGACUCUACACAACUACUAAAAUGUCAAAGAAUAUUUAUGGUUAGAUAAGAAAUCAAAAGGGAAAUGUUAGAAAAAAAUAGAUCAAAAAGAGGACUGACAUUUUGAAUGAGCUCAGCGUUCAGACCAGUCAGGGUUCUGCUCGUUCCAUGUCUACGUAGGGACAAACCUCAACUAGGAAGCUUCACUCAGUAGAAGGCACAUCUCCACCAUGUGCGUCUGCAACGACCACUGCUGUGAUGUGGAAAUGAACGAUGCAACCCACAAUUGGCUCAACCCUCAUCUAGACACCAACGGGCUGCAAACCACUUUAAAACACAGAGAUGAAAUCUCUUCAGAAAAUGUUGCCCUUUGACAGAGUCUGACAAUUUCCAGCUUAGACUUUGCAAGAUCCUCAACUGAACAAGAAGAUCCUUUUAAUCCUGCUUUGAAUUUCUUCAUGGCUGUGUUCACUUGUUGAACCUGCUGACUCUUGUUAGGGCCGCAUCUUUUGAACACAGAGAGAAAUCGCCUCCCCCUCUUACAGCCAUGUGCUCUCAAUCGCCUCCAAAACACUACAGCAGGUUAAAGUCAAAAUCUUAAUGGAUUUAUUAUCCAACAAACACAAAAACAGUU